AUGGCUGCCUCAGUCCAAUCCCAGCCUUAUGUCCCCACCUUCGACAAGGCGACUUCCGAGGCCGCUCGCCAAGGUGCGGCAUCUUACCUGCAGUCUCGCCUGGCCGCGGGCAAGGCAGCUGCAGCCAAAGCCGCGCCCUUUACUGUGCCGACAAUUGACCUGAGCCCCUCCUUCUCUGGCGACUUGGCUGCCCGCCAGGCCGUCGCGGACCAGAUCCGCGCCGCGUGUACCACCUCGGGCUUCUUCACCAUCACCGGCCAUGGCAUCGCCGACGACAUUUGCGCCGGCAUCCUCGACCAGGCGCGCCGCUUCUUCCACGAGCUGACCCCCGAGCAAAAGGACGCCAUCCACAUGCGCCAAAGCACCCUGCACCGUGGCUACGAGCCGCCUGCCUACACGACUUUCGUCGAGGGCAACGGCGCCGAGAGCAAGGAGGGAUUCAACUGGGGCUACGAGGAGAAGCUGGACUCGACCGGCGGCGACGGCAAGUACGUCGAGUUGGACGGCUCCAAGCUCGGACCUGGAGAGACGGCCAACCUCUGGCCCAAGGAAGAGGAUUUGCCCGGCUUUUUCGAGGGCGUGAAGACUUACUACAGCCGCGUUCUCGGACUGGCGAGGCAUCUGUUCAGACUAUUUGCGCUGAGUUUGGAUCUGGACGAGACCUACUUCGACGCCAUGACCACUCACCCCGGCGGCAUUGCCCGUCUGAUGUACUAUCCCGCGAAAGAGAAGGAGGUGGAAGUCAAGGAAGGGGAUGACAAGAUUGGUCUGGGCGCUCACUCGGAUUACGAAUGCUUCACCCUGCUGCUGCCGAGCAGCACCCCUGGCUUGGAGAUCCUGAGUCCGGAGGGGAAGUGGGUGCCGGUCGGCAAGGUCGAGGGAGGUUUGAUCGUGAACGUUGGCGAUUUCCUGAUGAGAUGGACGAACGACAUGUACAAAAGCACGGUGCAUAGGGUGGUGAACAGGACAAAGGAGGCGAGAUACAGUGUUCCGUUUUUCUUCAGCAUCAACUACGAUCAGCUUGUUGAGACUCUGCCGAACUGCAUCUCCGAAGACAACCCUUCCAAAUACCCGCCGAUCAGGGCCGGUGAGUACGUUCUGGAGCGUGCCAACGCCAUUACAAAAGAUGGCGCUGGGUCAUAUGGAAAUGGCGACCUCUUCUAG